CCGUGCUGUCUGCCCCCUUCCCACCUGUUGGAGAAGCAGGGCCCCGGGGCCAGGGCGGAAGGCCUCACCGUCCUCACAGGGCUAAAUCAGAGCAGGCUGGGGCUGCUCCUCCCUGCACACCUCCUGCUCUCAUGUCACAAGGACUGCUGCUGGGAGAGAGGGAGAGGCCCAGCCUGGAGUAGGCAGUGCAGGUCUGAACCUCCCAGAGUCUGUGUGACCCCUGACCUGGCUGGGGCUGCCCACACACCUGGACGGGGAGGCCCCCAGGCCUUACUGCCUCUUAGCUCCCUAUGUGCAGGCAGGGAUCUGAGCGGGUCUUGGCCUGUGCCCCUCACAGGUCCCCCAAGGAUGUCUGACAAGGUAGUCCCGCGGCAGGUAGCCCGGCUGGGCCGUACCCUGCGGCUGCAGUGCCCAGUGGAGGGAGACCCACCGCCACUGACCAUGUGGACCAAGGACGGACGCACCAUCCACGGUGGCUGGAGCCGCUUCCGCGUGCUGCCACAGGGGCUGCGGGUGAAGGAGGUGGAGCAUGAGGACGCGGGCAACUACGUGUGCAAGGCCACCAAUGGCUUCGGCAGCCUCACGGUCAACUACACCCUCGUCGUCCUGGACGACACCAGCUCAGGAAGGGGACACCCUGGACAGGAAGACUCCUUGGUGGGGCAGGAGGACAUGGCCAGCUCUCAGUGGGCUAGGCCCCGCUUCACGCAGCCCUCCAAGAUGAGGCGCCGGGUGAUUGCCAGGCCCGUGGGCAGCUCAGUUCGCCUCAAGUGCGCGGCCAGCGGGCACCCAAGACCCAACAUCAUGUGGAUGAAGGACGACCAGGCCUUGACCCGUCCAGAGGCUGGUGAAAACAGGAGGAAGAAGUGGACCCUGAGCCUCAAGAACCUGCGACCUGAGGACAGCGGCAAGUACACGUGCAGAGUGGCCAACCGGGCGGGCGCCAUCAACGCGACGUACAAGGUGGACGUGAUCCAGAGGACGCGCUCUAAGCCGGUCCUCACAGGCACGCACCCGGUGAACACGACGGUCGAUUUUGGCGGCACAACAUCGUUCCAGUGCAAAGUGCGGAGCGAUGUUAAGCCAGUGAUCCAGUGGCUGAAGCGAGUCGAAUACGGGGCCGAGGGCCGCUACAACUCCACCAUCGAUGUGGGUGGACAGAAGUUCGUGGUGCUGCCCACGGGUGACGUGUGGUCCCGGCCCGAUGGCUCCUACCUCAACAAACUGCUCAUCGCACGGGCCCGCCAGGAUGACGCAGGCAUGUACAUCUGCCUGGGUGCCAACACCAUGGGCUACAGCUUCCGCAGUGCCUUCCUCACUGUGCUGCCAGACCCAAAGCCACCAGGACCCGCCAUGGCCCCUUCGCCCUCCAUUACUAGCCUGCCGUGGCCUGUGGUCAUUGGCAUCCCUGCCGGCGCUGUCUUCAUCCUGGGCACAGUGCUGCUGUGGUUCUACCAGGUGAAGAAGAAGCCCUGUACUCCUGCGCCUGGGCACCGGCCACCUGCACCGGCGCGCACCCGCCCCAGUGACAAGGAUCUGCCAGCGCCACUGGCCCUAUGCACGGCGCCUGCUGGGGCUCUGUGUGAGGAGCUGGCGGCCCCAGUGGCCCCCCAGCACCUUCUGGGCCCAGGCUCAGCUCCAGGCCCCAAGCUAUACCCCAAGCUCUACACGGAUGUACACACACACACACACUCCCACAUGCACACGCACUCACACGUGGAGGGGAAGGGCCCACAGCAUCUGCAUAUUCAUUAUCAGUGCUAGGGAGCAGAGCCUUGAGUCUCUCCUACGCCUGGCCACACAGCCAGCACCCAGGGGCCCUAUGGGAGGCACAUACAGGCCAAGACACACCUCCAGACACUAGGACGUUGUAUGGGUAUUCAGAGACCCCAAUACAUGCAGUUACACGUGGGUACUCACCACACAGUCACACAGACACCCCAGCACACCCAGUCACACACAGACACCUCAAUCAAAGACCCCAUCACAGUCACACAUGGGUAUUCCAUUACAUCCACAGAGUCACACACAGACACACCACCGCCCAGUCAUAGAUGGACGCCCUAUCGCACACAGAUACAUGGAUACCGUUGCACAUAAAAACCCCAUGACUCAAUUACAUGUGGACACCCCAUCACACACCCAUGGACACUGCAGCACAUAUAUCACAUAUCGGCACUACACCACACCCAGACACUAUAUCAACCCCUGGACCAGGUACCUGGCGUGGCCCGCAGGCAUAGGUCCAUAUUGACGGUUCGCAGUGUGUGUGCUGCAGUGCAGACUCCAUGAAGGAACCCAGGCUCGGUCGAGAAAGCAGCACCUCCACAGCUGCCUCCCAGUCCCUAGCCAUCGGCAGGGAGUGCUCAGGGGCCUGGGUAUUUAUGUUUAAGAAAUGAAAGAUAAUAAUAUUAAUGAUGGGGGAGCUGGGGCACAGAUUGACCUCUCCGGGGUUCCAGACCUCCUGGCUUUGUAGCUGUGCUGGACAUCCAGGGCCCAGACCUCUGUCAUUUUAUAUAGAGUUUGAGCUGAAGCUUCGUAUAUUUAAUUUAUUUUGUUAAACAAGAAGUGCAUUCUUUUCCUCAAAA